UUGGGCAUUGAGAGUGAGAACAGGACGUACGUGGAGGGCACCGGACCUAUCCACUCGAUUUUCUUACUUUCUCUUCAUCUUCUCCAGACUCCAGAGCAAGCAAGCAACACCCCAUUGAAUCGCAGUAGAUAAGCUUGAAUUCAUGGCGUCUCUGAUACCUCAAUGCCUUCCUCCAUCUGUAAACCGACAAAAGGUUCAUGUUGUCAAGUCAAGUCACCAAAACGAGAGCUCUGCUUCAAACCACUCCCCAAAGGAGCUCCGAGUAAUACCAGUUUCCAGGCGUCAGUGUCUCACAUGUUUAUGUUCAACUCUAGCUUUGAUUGGUGAUUAUGCCAGACCUGUUUCUGUACCGGAAGCAGCCGCUGCUGAUGGGAUGGAAAGACCAGGCUGCAGAAAUUGCGGGGGAAGUGGGGCUGUGUUGUGUGAUAUGUGCGGUGGUACAGGAAAAUGGAAAGCUCUAAACAGGAAGCGAGCAAAAGAUGUUUAUGAGUUUACAGAGUGUCCAAAUUGUUAUGGUCGAGGGAAGCUUGUCUGCCCUGUUUGUUUAGGAACUGGUGUGCCGAACAAUAAAGGUCUUCUGAGGAGGCCUGAUGCCCAGAAACUGCUUGAUAAGAUGUAUAAUGGAAGGCUACUUCCCAACUCUUAGAUAGUAGAUCCUUUUCAGUCAUACGUGUGACGGUGUGAGCACAACUGAGGCUUGCUCUUACUGCAUUUUGGCACAUGACUGGAAUGUUCAAUAGUUAACAAAGCCAAUGGCUGCAAUGGUAAUCGACUAGCACAGAGAACAUGCGGAAGAUUUUCUUGCUUAUAUUUUUUAGUCUGGAUGCUUUCCAGAGCACCAACAACUAUUGGCUUGGUUAUCACGAAAUGACUUCCAUGGUUCUAUAUGAAAAAAGUCCAUUUUUCAAUGCUACAGUCGUCUUAUUCAUGCAGACCGAAUCAACUUCCAAAAUGCCUUGUAUUGAAGAUAUUGGGCAAGUACUUUCUGCAAGAGUUGCUAUUUAAGCUCCUAAUUAGUAAUUAGUUACCAUUUACCAAGUAAAUUUACAUAUGUUCUUACAACUCACUGUGUAAUAAGCCAAUUCGAGCUAUUUGAAAUUCAUUAUUUUUAAUUUCAAAACAAAAAUCAUUAUUUUAAAUAAUUAAA